UGGCUCCUCGUAUUUGACAACGUCGACGAUCUAGACAAUCUUGACGUCUCGCGGUUCUUUCCCCGCGUGCCGUGGGGGCAUAUUCUCAUCACGAGCCGCCGCAAGGAGGCCCGCCGACUAGGUCGCCAGGUCGAAGUCGGCAUGAUGGACGAAGCAGAGGCUGUAACCCUUCUUAAAAAUUGCUCUGGCCGUCACGGUGACGACCAAGACGAAGCUGCGCGCCGUGUCGCUUAUAAGUUGGGAUACCUCCCGCUGGCCCUCGAUCAGGCCGGCGCCUACAUUACGGGGCAAUCCAUCGACUUUGCCGAGUACAUGGAUCUCUACCGCGUGAGCCACGACCAGCUGCUUAGGCACAAGCCACCGCGCGCCGUCUGGUCGUACGAGCAGACCGUCUUCACCACCUGGGAGAUCUCUUUUCACGCAGUGGCCGCCAGGAACCCCGUCGCCACGCGCCUCCUCGACCUGGCGGCCUUCUUCUACUCGGACGGUGCCCCCUUCGAGCUCAUGUGUGAACUUGCCCAGGUCCGCGGGCCGGAGCUCCAACAACGGCUCCUCCUGCGAGACUUUGUUGAUUUCGUCCAGACGCCGGCUGACUACGAUCGGCUGGUCGGCCAGGCGCCCCCGGAGCUCAUGGUCCCACGGCUACAGGUUGUUGAGGCCAUCGGCACCCUCGCGUCCUUCUCGCUCGUGGACCAAAAGACUAUGUCAACUCAUCCGCUAGUCCACUACUGGCUCAUGGAACGGCAGUCGAGUGCGGACAGGAUCAGGAGCGGCCGUGCAGCCAUCUUCCUCGCCAUGCGUGCCAUUAUCAACGCGUACGACGCGUCGCGCUUCGCCGAGGGUGAGACGUUGUACCCCUAUCUUUUCAUCUGCCUGGACAAUCUCUAUGACAUACCACAGCUUCUCAGCGACACGGAGCUUCACAAGGUCGGCGCCUGCAUGAUCGCCCUUGACGCCUGGGUCCCCGUCUCCCUCGAUCACGGCACGCUGCACCGCGCCGACCGCUUUUACGACCUCGUCGCCGCCCACAGCGAGCACGCAGACUGGCAGAUCCCCGACGCAUUGCUGGCGGUGCGCCGCGCUUUUCGGCUCAUGAGCAUGGGGCGGCGAAGGGAGUGCAGCGAUCACUGUGCUCGCUACCUCGCCACAUUUCACCAGCGCUCGCGGUUGGACAAGAUGUACGCCUCGUCCCUGGCACAGACUUGUGCGCCCUGCUUCUUCCGCUUGGGUGACUACGACCGCGCCGAGCAAAUAUAUGAGUACUUGGAUGACUCGCUCGACGACUCGGGCGCCAUGCUGGCGCGCAAGCAGUUAGUUCUCGGCGCUAUUAAGAUCGACAGGGGGCUGCCGGACGAAGCCGCGGCCGUACUUGAGGGCUGCGCGCGCGAGCUCGAGAGGGGCAUCGGCCAGCACCACUUUCUGCUUCGCGUGUGGCACCAGCUCAUGGCUCGAUCCCGCCUGGCGCAGGGGCGGCCGGCUGAGGCCGAGGCUCAAGUGAUGAAGGGGCUGGCGGUACGGAUGAUCAUGCUCGAACGCGGCAAGAUGGAGUUUACCUUUAGUGACUACGAGCUCGCCGAGGUGUACGCGCAGGCUCUCCGGGCGCAGGGGCGCUUUGAUGAAGUGAAAGCCUGGAUGAUCGCGCUGCUGGAAAAGACGGCGUCGGAGAAGCCGCGACCGGCCCGGAGCCUUGCAGAGCUGUCGCUCAUCUUGAUCGAGCUCGAUGAGGCGACGGCCCUAUUUGGGGGUGGCCAAGAGGAGAGACGAAGUAUAGAUGAGUUGAUGACUAGGGCAGAGCGCAAGUUUGUCGAGGCCGCGGCAGUCUAUGAGCUAGAAUGGAAUAGGGGCAUGUGGUCGUUCAAGCACUUUCACCGGACGCUGGCAGAGUUCAAAAAGAGAUUGGUGCAAGAGGACUCUCAAUUUUGAGAUGGAAACUUGAUAGAAAGGUAUUAUUUCAUUGC